AGCACCAUCCCCAGCAUCCAGCUUGACCGCUAUAAGUGUUGCCAGCAGUGCGUCCGCUGCUAACAACAGUGGAACCGCUUCCAUCAUUGCGCCGCCUCCUCCACCACCGUCGUCGUCAGCGUUGUCAUCGUCGAAAGCAGCCUCCACCACCAAUCGCAUCGGCGUCUGGUCACCGCACAACCGCUCCACCGAAAUUCUCACCAAAGCAGAACUAGCCGAGCGAAGCAAAGAUAACAGCAGCCGCUCGGAACCGCUGCAACCCGUCUGGACUCCUCGCAGUGCCCCACCAUCUCCGGUCGGCGAACGGCGUGAAUUUCGUCCGAUUGGAUACGAAUCUCCCACUCCGCAGCGUAGAAACCUUUCGAGCGCCACUCCGACAUCCCGAGCCGAAACACCGCAGGUUUCACCGCCGUGGACCAACACCCCGGGCUACGAUAAACCCGUCGAAUUCACCAGCAAUCCUCCGGACGAUUCAUCACGAAGGCAACUUCAAAACUCCAACUCACUGCCCACUAUCGGAACGCGUGACGGUAGUAUCUUCGGCGCCCCAACGCACCACCACUCGGUUCGGUUCGCAGCCCCACCGGCCAGUCCCACCAUCAACACGCUGCUCAAGUCCAAAGUGGACGGCAAAGUUAGCCAGCAGCUGGUGAAUGCGUACGAAUCCGCCAGCCAGUGCCAGUCCAAUGUCUACCACCAUCAGACGUCGACAUCCAGCAGAACCGGUACGACUACGACCACGAACCGCCAGCAGCCGACAUACCAGCGAACCGGAAGCGGAACCCGUCUCGGACGGGUCAUCACAGAGCCAAGCCAAUCCGUUCGGAUCGACUAUCUAAGCGAACCGGAGAUGGACAUCUCGUCGUCGGUUCGAUCACGACACAGCAGCGCCGCAUCACCCGCAGUGGCACAACAGCUGUCACCGAAAAAGGUCGACGGCAUCGGACCGAUGACCAGGGAGGGCAUGCCACUGACACUCAGAUCUGAAGUGGACGAAAACAAUCAAGCCAAAUGGUACAAAAAGAUGUACCAAACUCUGCACAAAGCGCAGAAUGACGAUGACUUCGUGACCGUACGAUACAAAACACGUCGAGGCAACUUCCCGUACAAAUCCAGUGGCUAUCAAUCGGAACCGGAACCGAACUACGACUCGGAUUACACGAUCAAAUACAGCACCCUCGACCGAAGGCGAACACCGACGGUGCUGAACCCGAACAGCUACUCGAGAUUCAACACCCUGCAGGGCGCAGCGAUCCGGUCCGGCAGCAGCCAGUACAAAAAUCAACCCGGCCGGAUAGAGAACUACGUGCCCGGUCACUCGUCCAUUUCGGAGAAAGAAUCCAAAGAGCAACUGGAACAGCAGAAGCUGAGCACUAGCAAAACGUAUACGGAGGGAAAUCUUUCCAGAGCCCUCAAGGACCAAGGCUACGAUAGUGACACGACGCUGAUCUUCCGCAAGAAGGAACCCCCGAGCAGUUCGGCACUCAGUCCGAUCGAGCAGAAGCAGUACUACAAAAACAUGCAGGCGGGCGGGGAAAUCCCGGUUCAAGGAUUCCGCAAACCUGCACCCGAAAAGCCCAAAGAAUAUAGUAGCGUGCCUCCACCGCCCCCCAUGAAAGGAUCACAACUGCCCAACUCCUUCUCCCCGUACUCGAAGAGCUCGAACGAACCAGAGUCUCCCCGUCGCUACAUCGAGAGCGAUGUCAACAUCCACUACAAAACCCCGAUCCGGUACGAGUACAAGGAAGCCAUACCGGACGAUGAGCUGGCCUACCGGCAGGCGGAACACAUGCGUCGUGUCUACCAGGAGGAACGUCGCCGCAAGUACAUGCACGAGCUGGAGGAUCUGCAGAGCCGACGCCACACGGACGUGUUUGCCCCCUCGCAAAAGUCGCCGAUUCCGCUGAACCGCUACGAUGACUUCGAUGCCGAUCUGUCGCCCAAACCGAUUAACGUGCUGCCCAGAACGAUCGCCCGUGCGUUGUACAAUUUUCAAGGACAGACAGCAAGAGAACUUUCCUUCAAGAAGGGUGACAUAAUUUACCUAAGGCGACAGAUCGACAAAAAUUGGUACGAAGGUGAACACAACGCCAUGGUAGGACUUUUACCGGCAAACUACAUUGAGAUCCUUCCACGGGACGGUACCAAACCACUGCCGAAGAAACCCCAGCGAGAGGGCAAAGCCCGAGCGAAGUUCAAUUUCACUGCGCAAACUUCGGUCGAACUGUCCCUGCUGAAGGGUGAGCUGGUCACGCUAACCCGACGCGUAGACGACAACUGGUUCGAAGGACGGAUCGGCAACAAAAAAGGAAUCUUCCCCGUUUCGUACGUCGAGGUUCUCACAGAUAUCGGUGGAGAGGAAAGCUACGAAAUAGAACCGAUCGUCAAACCUAAGCUGCAGACGAUACAAUCGCAUUCGCUGUCGACUGGUUACGAUAAUUCGCUGAGCAAUGGAAGAAUUUCCCCGGGGGUAGUUCGAGAAACGAAAACAGUUCAAAAAACAGAAGUCCUCCACGUGGAUACCUCAAACGAGCCAAUAUCCUAUCGUGCCCUGUACAACUACAAGCCGCAAAACUCCGACGAACUGGAACUCCUGGAGGGCGAUCUGGUUUACGUUCUGGAAAAAUGCGACGACGGUUGGUACGUCGGUACUUCCGCUCGGACGGGCUGCUUCGGCACCUUUCCGGGCAACUACGUGAAGAAGUUAUGAGACCAACCGAGGUCAUUCGCGAAACUGUUGCCACCUCCUAAUCCAGCCGUAGCAUCAUCAUCAUUGUCGUCGUCAGCAUCACUGAGCCGCCGUCGCCAUCAUCAGCAGCAACCACCAAGCAUCACAGGGACUACUCAAUCACAGCGAAAUGCGAAAACCAACAACGCCGUCGGGAAACGCAAGGUUGAGUUCCUUGGCGUUUUCUAGAGUUGACCCGAUCGUUGCCUUAAACUUAUUGUACGAACUUACAGCUAAACACAACAACGGAAUAACAGUACAACAGCGUACCAAUUUCUUGUGUACCAAAAAUAAUUUUAAAAACAAGCGGUUUGCUGAUAUUUUGGAUUUAAACAGCCAUUCAAUUGCCAAUUUUAAGGUGGUAGAACACCAAACCACACAACAUAAAAUAUAAUAAAAUAACUAAAAAAAAGAGCGAAAUCUAGAAACCAAAAAAAAAGUACAUAAACUGUUAAAAGCGGAAAUAAAAUAUAAUUGUUUGCUAGUCAUUAUCCUUCCAAAAAAAGAAGAGUGUAAACAAGCGGAAUAGUAACAAGAAAAAAAACGGAGGAACCAACCAACAUAACCACAUCUAACCUGUUCAGCAAAAAAACAAACCUACUUUAAGCGUUGCGUUACUUGAAAAGUAUACAAUUAGUUUACCUAAACUAACCCAAACCCAAACAACAAUCAAGCAUAGAAAAGAUUAUUCUCAAAAAAAAAAAAGAAAAACGUACUUCGUAGCAGGGCAGGCCUGCCCGUUUUUUCAUGAGAAGAUUUUAUUUACCGAUUCAGAAAGUUUAUUAUAAUUGUUUACAAACUACUUUUGUGUUAUACGUAUUCAUAUUUCUAUUUACAAAAUAGCUAAAAUUCGGCGUUGCCUUCUACCGAUUCGACAUCAAACGGAAUCUAUUCAUUUUCAUUUUUUUUUGUUACGUUAGAAGCUAGCCUAGUUUUGUUUAAAUCCUACUUCUAGGUUCGGAGAAACACCAGACCAACCAAAACUAAAAAUUUUUAUAGGGAAAACAUAGUACUGUCUUUAAAACAAAAACGUGCCUUUGCAUUGAACCUUUUGUUCGAACAACAACAAAAAUGAGACGAAAAUUGAUCCAACUUUUUUAAGUUUGUACCAUCACGAACCAUCAAAAGGCCUCUUCUUACAUACUUUAUACAUACCUAGCUUUAGACGUUGUUCAGCCUUCAAACAAACAAACAAAAAACGAACCACAUUUGGACGGGAGUUAUUAACUUAUUAGAGGGUAAACCUAAUACCAGCAAUAGUGUAAACGUAAAGUUUGAGACUAAUGUACUAAACAAAUUCGUAAAUUGAAAUUUUGAACAAAACAAAAACCAUACCAUCACCAUUAGCAAGACUUCUGUGUUGAACGAAAAGCAAACGUCUUCAUCAUACAACAUAAAAAUCACCGAAAAACACACACCUUAAACACGUGAACUGCUAUCAAGCUAUAAUAGGUACAUAAAUAUUCACAUAUUCAAGGGCAGCCAGAAUAAUUUUACGAUCCACCGCCACGGUUACAUUACACGCGUUAAGCAACAACAAAUACACAUGGAAACACUCACACACACACACACACACACACCAAAACUAGCACGACGUACUCAUCAUUUUGUCUAUUUGUUUGUUGUAGGAAAAGUAAACACACCACUUACGAUAUGGUUCUGUUGAUAAAGUAAAAUAAAAUAAAAUAUACAAAAACAAA